AUGGCACCGUCGACCUCCUCUGCCGCCUCUACAGGUAUUCCGACGCCAAAAGAAUCACUUGGUUUCGUAGCCACUGCACUCAAAAGAAAAGACAGUUUCAUCCAGUUCUUCGCCAUGACUGGAAUCUUGCUGCUAAGCAUGCGAUCGAGAAAAAUUCAAUCUCCGAUCGGAUCAAUCACAUCAAGAGCAGCCUCCUCGCUGAAGCCGCCCUCGAUACCACCGGCGCCUUCGCCGCCAGGCUCCGCAUUCUCUUUGGCGACAACAAUUGAUAUGCCACAAUGGAAGAGAUUGAUAGUGGUUCUUACUUGUUACAAGCCACUAGUGUUGAGGAUGUUGCUUUGCUUGCAAGGGGAUGAUAAUAUUAUUAUGGUUAACAUGUACUACUUUUGAUAUGUACAAGUUUUUUUAGUUUUGUCGACGUACUCUAAAGAGUAUGUAAGAUUGUAUUGUAAAACAAGUCAUGACUCAUGAGAAUAUAAUUCUUUCUUUAUAUAAAUCUUUUUUAAUUA